AUGAGUGAAAAUUCGAGGUAAGAGAAAAGAAAGGAACAGAGUAAUUUAUUGAAGUAUAUAUUCUUUCAGCGCAACUCAUUGCAAACCCAUAGUAGUUUGCAAGCACUCGUGUUCCUAUCAUCAUCCUGAACCGACUCCAACUAUCAUUUUUAGUGGGGAAAAAGAAUCAGCUCAAUCCACAAUCAUAAAAAUAUGCAAACACGAAUGUCACUAUCACCAUCCACAAGCCACACCGACGAUCAUCAUUAUUGGUGUUGAAAAACAAGAAGAAGAGGAAAAAAUCAAAUUGAAGAAAACAAAUGGAACCAUUCGAAUUCAUGAAAAGAAGCAAAAAAAUCCAGAAUCUUCAGACGCCGAAUCUUCAACAUACGCAUCGUCCAUGAGCGAAAAAAAGAAGAAAAAUAAAGAAGCAAGAAAGAAGCGAGAUAGAAAGAAUUGA